UGUUUGCCGCGGCCAGCUGGCACGCCACACAGUAUACAGUAUAGCAGCGCGCCGCGACGGGAACAGCUGCGGAGCGCGCCACAGCUCCGGACACACAGCGACGGCAGCCCGCCCCCAUAGCCCACCACAGUUCGUUUGCGGUCGCUGAGGAGCAAGAGGCGCUACAUUUAACACCAGUGGACAAAGGCGCCGCCGCGCACCGCAGCAGCAGGAGCCGCCAGUAGGGGGCGCACCGCGCAGCCGCCAGCACCACACGCCACCAGCAGCAGCACCCCGCAGGCGACGCCAUGGCGGGACCCGCCAAGGGACGAAAGCUGUCCGGCCUCAGCGGCUGCCUGUCGUGCCGGCAGGUGCUCAACAUCAUGGUGAUCCUGGGCUUCAUGUUCAACUACAUGCUGCGCGUCAACCUGACGAUCGCCAUCGUGGCCAUGGUGCUGCCCACCAACCACUCGCAGGCCGCAGCCGGCAACGCCACGCUCGCCGCCUGGGACAACGCCACGCUGGCUGAGGCGGCGGCGGAGGGCGGCGUGGAGCAGACGCGCUACGACUGGGACGAGUACUGGCAGAACAUGAUCAUCGGCUGCUUCUUCUGGGGCUACGUGUGCACCGAGUUCCCCGGCGGGCGGCUGGCCGAGCUGAUCGGCGGCCGGCGCGUCUUCGGCACCUCCAUGCUGGUCGGCUCCGUGCUGACGCUGCUGACGCCGCUGUCCGCGCGCCUCGGCAUCGCCGUCGUCAUCCUGCUGCGCGUCGUGCUGGGGCUCUCGCUGGGAGUGACGUGGCCGUCCAUUCACCCCAUGGUGGCCAAGUGGAUUCCACCUAUGGAGCGCAGCAAGUUCAUCGCCAACACCAUGGCGUCGGCGCUGGGCGCGGCCAUCACGAUGCCGGUGUGCGGGCUGCUGAUCGCCUCCUUCGGCUGGGAGUCGGUCUUCUACUCGACUGGCCUGGUGGGCACCGUCUGGAGCAUCGCCUGGUUCUUCCUCAUCUACGACUCGCCCGCCCAGCACCCGCGCAUCUCGUACGAAGAGCGCGAGUACAUCGAGAAGGCGAUCGGCUCCACCACCAAGAAGGGCAAGGCGCUGCCGCUGCCUUGGCGACAUGUGCUGACGUCAGGCCCCGUCUGGGCCAUCAUCAUCGCGCACGCCUGCAGCAUUUUCGGCUACUUCACCGUCAUCAACCAGCUGCCCACCUACAUGAAGUACAUCCUCGACUUCAAGAUCAAAGAGAACGGGCUGCUGUCCAGCUUGCCGUACCUGGGCAAGUACCUGUUCGCCGUCGCCAUGAGCGCGCUCGCGGACCAUCUGCGCCAAUCGGGCCGCCUCAGCACCACGGUGGCGCGCAAGCUCUUCACCACCAUCGCGCUGGUGAUGCCGGCAAUAGCAAUGGCAGUGCAGCUGCUGCUGGGUGAGCAGCGCGCGGCCGCCGUCGCCUGCUUCACCAUCGCACUCACCUUCAACGGCGCCGUCACCGCCGGAUACCUGGGCAACGGGCUCGACAUCGCCCCCAACUUCUCAGGAACCAUCUUUGGUAUGGCCCAGACUCUGUCUUCUUUCACGGGUUUCUUGUCAUCAGCCAUGGUGGGAUCUCUGACGCAAGGCAAUCAAACGUUCGGCCAGUGGCAGAAGGUGUUUGGGAUCCUAGUGGGCACAUAUACAGCGGGAGCACUGGCCUAUCUGGUGCUAGGAUCUGGAGAGCUGCAGCACUGGAACAACCCACCAGGCAGUACCGCAACCGCUAAUGGCAAGGACCUUGCUGAUGAAGGGGAUGCUGAGGAGGAGGCAACACCGCUGCGAAAGCUCUAAGCACUACAAAUCUGCCAUAUCUGUAACCCAAAGGCGACAAGACUACAAUCGCAGUAUCUCAGAAUUGUGUAUUUUGCCUGAUUGGUACACUUAGUAACAUUAAAGAGCUAAGAUACUCACUUAAUUCACAUACCAACUGACAGACCGCUCUGAAAACAAUGAAGUUGUGAAUUGUGAAUCCUGCAAAUUUUGUUCAUCCAGGAUUUGACACAGACAAAUCUACUAUUAAUAAUGGGCUUUUUUAAUGUGUGCUUAAGCCCUUUCAAGAAAAAGUUAUUCUUCGUAAAUUUUGUGUUUCUAUUCUGAGAGGCAUGAUAUAUGUGUCACCCACAUUUUAUAUUAUUAAUGUCAAGUUUUGCAAACUUAAUUACGUUAUUGAAUAUUUGUUUCCGAGGCACCUCUUGGAUUUUAACCUAGGAUGAUAGAGAUACAGAUCAUGAAUCAUAAUGAAGGAAGCAAACAACCUUGGAAUGGAGUGUGGAAGUAGCAGCAGCCGUGUGGUUAGACUGCAUAUGAGUGAGAAUGAGGGGCAAGGUAGAAUAUUUUAAUCAUUCAUUUGAAAGACAUUUAAUUUUCAUGAUGUCAUCCUAUUCAAAUUCUGACUCCAGCUGCUUAUUGUAUCUAAUUCAGAAGCAGUUUAUGAACUGAAUUCAGCAAAAUGUUACACAUUUCUUUGAAUUUUGAAUCUUGCUUAGAGUCAAACAUGAUUCACACAAAUAAAUCUUACUCAAUUAGCAGCUGAAAGGCCACUUACACAACAGGGGAAAAACUUUUCACUUUUGAACAAACACAAUCAAAUCUCAUGUGACUACUCAACAACUGGCCAUACGCGAAGUGGAUCUCCUAAAAACUUUUAAGUGUGAUUUUGAUAACAUCUGAGGCAAAUAGCUGUUAUUCAGUUAGUGAACACACUCAUCAGAGUCAGCUGUUAUACGUACAUGUAUACCAUAGGUCUUAGCGACAGUGUAAAAUGGUUAAUAUUGGAGAUGUUUUCAGUAGUGUGUCCAUACAGAUCACCAAUUCUUGUGGAAUUCAUAUUACUUUUCAGAUAUGUUUCAUGAUACAUGGACUGCACUUUCUGUACUGGCACCUUUCAAAGUUUAAUAUUCGUAAUUCUCCAUUGACACUCAUAUCAGCUGUAAUUCUGCACAUUUAACCCAUGUGCAAACAGUGCAUUCCAUUUAUUUACAAAUUUCUGCUAGUUCAUGAUGAAAUCUAGAUAAAUACGUAUGAAUACUCACUGCCACUUUGGCAAAGAUUUUUUAUUUUUAGUCCUUCCAUUGCUCUGAAUAAUAGACAGAAUGGAAGUCACAGUGUAAUGUUAAAUAAACUGCAGCUACUAAUCAGAGAGAGAAAUACAUUACUGAAAAAUGUUUGUUUUAAUAACUGCCAAAAUUAGGGCUUAUGAGAUUCUUUUCCCUCUUUAGGUUGUGAGCAAGUAUCUAUUUCCUAUCUACUUACAGAAGUUAUAAUUGUAAUUAUUAUAAGUGAGAAUCAUAUACCUCCUGUCUGCAUUGUGAUACUUAACAAUUCUGCUCGCUUAAUUUCUAUUGUGGUUUUGUGAAUCUUAAUUGUUAUUUUUUUAAAUUUUGUUUCUUCUUACUGUAACUUUUUAGCAGCAAGCCAUGUAAAUGAAACUACAGCAACUCAGUAUGAUGCCAUAAGCAGCGUUAUGUUACAUUAAGGCUCGUGAUGUGAGUUCACAUUAACAAUGGGAGUCGUAUUAAUGUUGUAUCCAACUGUUGUUAGUAUUGUAUUUCUGUACAUUAUCUUGUGAUGUAUUGCUUGUGAAUGAAGACAUUUGAGAGAGAUAUAUGAAAGUUCAUCUUAGGCUUUCUCAUAGUCUGUUACAGAAAGAGAUACUGAAUGAGUAAUAACAUUUGUCAUUGUGAUUCCGUUUCACAGCUGAACCAUCCAUGUCUUUACUUUUUGUGUAUACUCAGUUUUGUAAGAUAUGUUAUUAGUUAUAAAUUUAUGCAUACAUUCCACGAUCUGACAUGUGUAAAUAAUAAAAACAUGGUGUGUUCUAUAUACAGCCAAGACAUUACCUCUACAUGAAAA